CCACUAGUAUCCAGCUGCAAUCACGCAAACGCACCGCCUUUUCUUUUACACAGAGCGUCUGGGGUCCACUCGUAUUCUUCCAAUCAUAUACUGCCACGUCAACAUAAUCAAAUAGUGAGUUGAUGAAAAUGCCCCUGAAUUAGCACUAAAUUUACGAUACAAGCACCGAUUUCUUUAAUUUACAAUGGCCUAAUCUCACGCGCUUUCAUCUUCUACCUAGAUUCGCUCAUCCACUCUCUGUCUUAAAUUUCACAAACUGUGUGUUUUCCUUCUUCGUCACUUCAAUCCAUAAUCUCGCUCUCUCUCUUGUUCUCUUUUCUCUCUGUCUUGAAAAAUGGCGAAACUGAUGUUGUUGAUGGUUCUCUGUAUCUUGCCGGCGAUAGCCAUGGCGGCAAGGAGGCCACAUAUUGGUAGGAACACUAUGGUGGUUAAAGGUCGCACCUACUGUGACAUCUGCAAGUUCGGCUUCGAGACUGUUGAAUCCUCCUACUACAUCCCCGGUGCGACGGUGAGGCUAGUGUGCAAAGACAGGAAGACAAUGGACGAGAACUACAGAGCUGAAACUGUGUCUGACGAAGAAGGAAACUACAAGUUCAUUGUCCACGAAGAUCACAAAGACGCGGUGUGCGAUGUUCUGCUUGUGAAAAGCUCAGACGCGAGCUGUCCUAAGAUCUCACCAGGACGUGAACAGUCCCGUGUGAUCUUGAACCAUUACAAUGGCAUUGCUUCGCAGGUCAGAUACGCCAACAACAUGGGGUUCGAGAAAGAAGUUAGCGAUGUGUUCUGCUCUGAGCUCAUCAAGAAGUAUCAGGUUGAUGAAGAUGAUGUUUAAGAUUAGAACCCUCUUCUAAUCUCCUCUGAUAAAAUUGCUGUUUUUUCGAUUUGGUUUAAUGAGUUUCGGAGUUUAUGGAAGAAAUAUAUCUGUAUUUUUUUAAUAUUUAUUUGUCGUAGAAGAUGAUGAUGACUCUCUGUGGUGAUCGGAACUUUGUUUGUGUAAGCUGCUUCUUUAUAUUACUGUGUCAUUUCCUAGCUUGGGAAGUGUCUUCAUUCUAAAUUUCUUUUUAAUCGGAUCUUGACUUAGUUGAAGUUUCAUUAAAGCUUUCAUAUAUGAAGGUGAAACUUGGGGGUUGAAUGAAUAUGCGAAUUAACAGAUUAA